CCGGGGUUUCCCGCGUGUUUUACAAAGGCUCCUCGAGGCCCCGCUCGGCUCCGGCUGCGGCUUCGCACUGCAGAGAAAGCGGCGCCCGGGAGGGCGGCUCCCUUCUCGCCGUGCGGCAGCCAUUGCAGGCGGCGCCUCCUCCCUCGGGGCGAGACGGGGCGGGAGCGGCGCGGAGGAAGGAGGCUCGGCCGCCUUUCCCCCGGGGCCUUGAGGAAAGCCCUGGGAAGCGGCCUCCCCGGGGCGGAGCGGCGCCGCCGACGGGACUCGCAACGCCCGCCUCUCGCUCCGAGAUGGCCGGCCGCGUCUCUCCGAGCCGGUGCCGGGCGUAGCGCGGGCGGGGGAAGCCUUUGCAUGUGGACAGAGGGAGGACGGACGGAGAUGGGCUUCUACAUCAGCUCCCUCUCCCGAGCGCCCUACGGCAAUGGGGCACCGCCAGAGUCCUCGCGCCCCGCUGCCAAGCGCUACCAGGCGGCGCCCAGCUACAACUACAGGUGGACGGAGCUGCACUACGAGGCCAGCCGUGGCAACGUGGAGAAGCUGAAACAACUGCUGCUGACCUCAAGCAGUGAGCUGGUGGACAGGAAAGAUUAUUACGGCAAGACGGCCCUCUACUGGGCGGCCUACAAGGGGCAGAGGCAUUCGGUGGAGCUGCUCUUGCAGCACGGCGCCAACGUCAACACCUGCUGCAAACACGGGGGGACCCCUCUCCACGCGGCCGUCGGCCUCUUCCCCGACUGCACCCUGCUGCUGAUCCAGCAUGGCGCAGAUGUGAAUCUGAAGGACAACUGGGGGGUGACCCCCAUGUACCUGGCUGCAUGCAGUGGACAGACAGAGUGCAUCCGGUUGCUGGUGCAGGCUGGGGCCUGCAUCUGCUACAGAAAUAAGAAAACAGGAGCCCCUCCCAAGCGCCUCGUCUCGCAGCCGGCGUUGAUGUCCUGGAUGGAUUCCUGCCGCCAGCAGCCGCUUUCGCUCAAACACCUCAGCCGCCUCUCCAUCCGGACUGCCCUGGGCCACAGGAGGCUCCAAGCCAUCAGGGACUUCAACCUUCCCCCGCUGCUGAAGCAAUACCUUAUGUUUGAAGACCUGGCUCUCCUCGACGGGUUGUAGCCUCGCGGGCGCAGAAUCGGCUCCUCCGGCUGGCGCUGUUUCUCCACCGCGGAAGGGCCUGCCGGCGCCUUUUCCUUGCCCGGCGUAUGUCGCCUUUGUCUUUUGACUGGGGUGCCGGCGUCGCCAUCACACACGGAAGUCAGGCUCUCCAAGAAGGAGACGAGGGGCCGAGAUUACAACUUUUUUUAGUUUAGGAGGAAAAGGCAAGCGAAGGGAACACACUAGAAAGGCACAUAAAGCGAUGUGUAGCACAUAUAAAGAGAACAAAGACGUUUUUCCUCCCACAAGGACCCGGUUGUACAAGGAAGCUGAGUGCUGAGAGACUCCUUUGCACGGCGCAUUGUUAAAACGAUGGGGUUUGCUGCCAGAAGAUGCUGCGACGAUCACCAAACUGGAUGGCUAUGAGAGGGGUUUAAAUAACUUCGUGGAGGGUAAGGUUGUCAAUGACCACAUGGGAUCAGAUGCAUGAUUCCUCCGACUAGUGGGAGGAUGUGUGUUGCGUUCAUGUCCUACUUGCAAUUCCCAGGGGCAACUAGAUGGUCACUUUCUGAAAGCGGUUGUUAGCCUAGAUGGGUUUGAUCUGGGGGGUGGGUGUCUUAUGGUCUUGGGAGUCACUUCUUUCCUUAUUGGCACUCUUUCAUCUCUUCUGCUUGUCACCUGGAUGUCUUGGCAUUUGGAUGGCCGAAUUGCCUUCCUGGAUCAGACCUCUUGUUCCUGACCAAACCUGAUAUUGCUGGGAAGCUUGUAAACUGGGGGCAGGGUUGGAGGAGAAGAAGAAGAAGAGGAGGAGGAGGAGGAGUUUGGAUUUGAUAUCCGCUUUAUCACUACCCGAAAGAGUCUCAAAGUGGCUAACAAUCUCCUUUCCCUUCCUCCCCCACAACACUCUGUGAGGUGAGUGGGGCUGAGAGACUUCAAAGAAGUGUGACUGGCCCAAGGUCACCCAGCAGCUGCAUGUGGAGGAGCGGAGACGCGAACCCGGUUCCCCAGAUUACGAGUCCACUGCUCUUAACCACUACACCACACUGGCUCUCGCCACCACACUGGAGCCUUUUUUGGCACAGUAAGUAGGCCAGAUCUUUUAUCUCUCCAUAUCCCGACGUUGACAAGUAGACGAGGUCGGCUGCCUGUCAACCAUCUGACAUCGUGAUGGUCCCACCCAUCUGUCAAAUGUUGACCUACCUGCAGUGGUGAUGGAGUAAUCCAAGUCACCAGGGUGUUCCCCCGCAAGGAACAUGCUGGCAAAGCAGCACCAAGAAGGAUUGAACUCUCUGCUCACCAGCUGAUGAGCAGAGGGUCCAAUCCUGCUCUCUGCAGGGAUCACACUAGUGAAACGGCACCCAGUAGGACUCAACCCUACUCCCCUGCCUAUCAGGUGAUGUCAUCCGGUGACAUCAGCUGAUGGACAGGUGGACAUGGUUAUGGGGAAAUGGCCUUGUGGGACUACUUGAACCCUUGGCUGGGUGUCCAGGGGAGUGGAGGUUCCUCACCCCUUUUGUAAGCAGAGCUUGAAGGUGAUGCCUUACCUUCUCCUGCUGCUUGCCCCUGUUAUCUCUAGCUGACUCCACGUGCAUUUUAGAUCAAGGGGAAAGCAGGCUUCAAGCAUGCAGGCCCUACUUUAAGAACAAAACAAACCAGAUCCACAAACCAGAGCCAGGUGCGAAGAGACACACUGUUAGUAUUAGAGAAUUCCAAGCCUAGGAAUUUGUUUCAAGUACCACAGAACUGAAAUGGGCUCAUAGUCCUUCCAUACAAAAAAACAACACAAAUAAAGCUACUCCUUUGCCUCCUCCCUUAAUCAGUGAGGAGUAAGAAAUUCUUGUAAGAAAUCACCCGGAGAUCUUCUGGUCCAGGAUAGUAAGAAGUGUUAGCCUGGAAAUUUCCCAGCCAUUUCCAUAGGAUAACUUAAUCCAAUAAGCUACCGUCAUCCUAUUAUUUACUAAAAUCUAACAUGGGUGGAUUAGCUUUGGUUCGUAACCAAGAGGAAGGUAUACCAUACGGUAUCUGCAAUGUCCUCGGAUCUGUACAUGAAUUUAGACACUACUCUAUUACCCUUAAGAUGAGAAAGUGUACAUUGAUGGGCUUUCUUCAGUUCAUCUUCUCCAAUGUGCAGUUGGGUUGGUGGUCACGUCCCAGUUCUGGAAGAACUUGAGAAACUCUUCCACUUAUACCACCAGAGUGGAGUAGCAGCCAUAUAAUCAAUUACAUUUGCUCCUUUGUAAGAAAAGUGAAUUCUCCCUUCUCAUCCCCUUUUGCGAAACCAUUCAACAAAGAUUAGCUUUGACUAAUAAACCGACCAGAACCUCUCAGGACUUGAUUUGGGAGUCCCUGGAAUUCCUGAUCACUCCAGUUUAAAUGUUCACUUCUUUUCCCACCAAUUCUGGCAUUAAAAUUAAAAUUUCUAGGAACUUCUUGCCCCAAUUGCUACAAAAAAUUAUCCACGUUCGGCCAUAUGUCCCAGUCGGCAAAGGGUGAUGAAGUUAGGUUGGAUAUGCGCCUUGAUUACAAGAAAAGCUAUCAUUUGAUACCUUAACAGUCCGAACUACUGCAUAACUAUCCACUUUCCCAAGCUGCAAGAUUCUUGUUCUAAUUGAUGUUGAGAUUAAUAAAGCUAAUUCAUCCCUGGGA